AUGAUGAAUGAAACUACCUCACCUUCCUCAUCAUCCUCACCUCAAUCCCCAACAUACUAUGUCCUUUCCUCUGACAACGAACCCUUUGACCCCCAAUCCCCCACUCUAGCUCAGAUUCACGCUCAUGCUCUAGCCUCUCAACAACCAUCACAAACUAAACUUGAACCAGAAGUCACGUCUCCACCCCCUGAACAACAAAAUCCAACUACAUCUAAACAAAAUCAAACACCACCACCUACACAACAACCAAAUCCACCUACUGAACAACCAAUCCCAUCACCAUCUAAACCUCAACCAAAUCCACAACCUGAACAAACAACACCUUCCACCUCUGCUAUUCCCACACCACCAACAUCUGUUGCCACCAUCCCUCCAAUUCUAAAUAUUGAUGACAUCAAUCCACCCUCUCUAUCCUCCCCAACCUCUGCCUCUGAUCCCGAAACUGCCUUCCCUACCCUAGAAGAAGUAAUAAAUGUUUUUGCAGAGUCUUCAGUAGACAAGAUUAAGUCUCUGACUAUCAACUCUGGCAUCAGUGAUGAUCCCUCUGCAGUAAGGAUCCACUGA